GUGCGCAGCGGCAGCGUUUUUCAAUCGAGUUCGUUUUCCGAGUUUUAUUUCGUUUCACUUCCAUUCCGUUGCGUUUCGUUAACGUCGCAUGUGCGUGCGUGCAUGUAUCUGUAACUGCAUUGAUGCGUGUGUGCGUAUGUGUAUAUUUUGGUGUUAGUGAAUAGUGUGGGCAGCGGAAAUAUGCAGCAGUUGACACACAACACACACUCAUAAGCAAUACCGAGAAUUGAAGCCAAAACAAAAAUUUAAAUCUACAGCGGAACAGCAUGGAAAAUCCCAAUUUAAGCAGCGAGCCAGCAGCUGAAGGCGGCGCCAGGAACAGCUCCUCGCCAGGCACAGCGCCAGCGACGCCCGGCGAGGAAUGCGGCUGUGUGCGUCUGGGCAAAUGCAAAUGGUUUAAUGUGGCCAAGGGCUGGGGCUUUCUAACGCCCAACGAUGGCGGUCAGGAGGUUUUCGUGCAUCAGAGUGUCAUACAAAUGGCCGGAUUUCGUUCGCUGGGCGAACAGGAGGAGGUGGAGUUCGAGUGCCAGCGCACGGCACGUGGCCUGGAGGCGACACGUGUCUCGGGUCGACAGGGCGAUGAUUGUCACGGCAGCACCUAUCGGCCGCGCAUCAAUCGAAAAACUCGCCGCAUGCGCUGCUACAAUUGCGGCGAAUUCGCCAAUCAUAUUGCAUCGGAGUGCGCGAUAGGGCCGCAGCCGAAGCGCUGCCAUCGCUGCCGCAGCGAGGACCAUCUGCAUGCCGAUUGCCCGCAACGCAGCGCCGCUGUGACACGAACCAGCAGGCGCAGCAAAAGCAUUGCCAGCGACGAGGCAGCCGAGGCAGCUGAGGCGAACUCUGCAGCUCCCUAGCGCAACGGCUGGGGCAUAUUUGAAGUUGAAAACUUGUAAAAUACACCUAAAAAUAACGUACAAAACGCAUCAAAUCAAAGAAAUACCUCACGUACAACCCACAGCUUCGUAUAAGUGCAGUCAUUUUCGUAUGCGAAACUAGAUAUUAAAACAGUUUUUGGGUCGCCACAAGGUAGGCGGUGCCAGCGCCCAAACUAUAGUUAAGUGAUAGCGAUUAAAUUACUAACUAACUAAAGGCCAUUCAAUGAUUAGGCUUAAGUAAUAAGGCUUAAACACUAGCAAGAGCAAUGCAAGAGUACAAAUUUUUCGUCAUUUUCGGCAUGAUUUCUGGCCUAAAAAUUAACCAUGCCAGCAAAUGUCUUUAAUGGCUUUCUUUUUUAUUAUUUUUAUCAAUAAUUAAUAUAAAAUAAAUUUUUUAAAAUUGUGCAUUUAAAAGUAGCUAAAUUUAACUAACUUGCGAACUUGCGAAAGCCUUCAAAUUGAGCUACAAAAAUUUUAAAUAAUGCAAAAAGGAAAAACUUUAAUAUUUGUUGCAGCUGCUUGAAAGUACAUUUUCUUGGAAAUUUUCUUCAA